UUCAUAUCGCUGCUGUCAGCCUCUGCUGCCAGCGCGCCGUCCGUGUUGUUGUAGUAAAUAAUGGCGGCAUCGGGAGGCGGAUUAUCACCUCCCGCUACCGUCGCGGGUUUAAGCACACUAGCUCCGGCCAAGGCUCGUUUCCCCGGUCGACCAUGCACGGCUCGAAGCAGGCUGCGGUCGGAGAAACGUUCCAGACGCGGAAGGCUAGGCUCGGACGAUGGGGAGCUGGCUGACGGAGGGCCGAGGCCCGUAAACAUCGGUCUAGCGUUGAGCGAGGACCCGUCCCUGCUGCGCCUGCUCGGGGUGGCGGAGAAGCACAGCCGGCAGAGAGAUGCGGGGUUCGACUCCAGCAACAGUGAGGAGGAGGAGGAUUUCACUGGAUUUGGGACCUCGUCCGUUCGUCCACAGAAAUCUUCUGGCACUGUUCCCCAGUCUUCUCCUCUAGGAGCUUCAGAUUGCUCUCCUGGAAAGCCUCUUAUUGGAAAAAUUAUGCCCAGGACCCCAAAACCAGCUCUGAUUGGAAAAAUUGUCCCUAAUGUCCAAAAAGAGGGCCAGGACGUAAAAGACAUCGAAAUACCAAAAGUGGUCAAUAAACUGCGAGGCAAGCAGGUAGAUCUCACUGCAGCAGAGCAGGCUUCAGGUAAACUUAGCAGCACAAAGUCAGCUGACUUUGUCAGGAAAGCAGGAAAAUCAGCAGACUCCCGCAGCUUGAAAAACCAAACCACCGCAGCAGUUGAGCUGAUUAGCACUCAGACAGCAGUCAUUGGCCACGAUAAAGCUUCUACAGUCAAAGAAAGAGGCGAGGUGUCAGAGGACUCCGGCACGGACCAAUCACAGUCUCGGAGAGCCGUGAAACGCAGGAGGGGCUUUCCAUUGGGGCACGCUAGACACACAUCUCAAGCAGUUGCCCUGUCCUUUCCCAAACGGCAGCGUAAGAGGACGGCUAAGGGAAUGGCUACUUCACCUGAGGCAGGUGCACAGAGCGGGGAGGAGGAGGAGGCGGCGGCGAUGCCCCUAAAAUGUAAAGCUACAGAUUCCCCAUCAAAAAGAACGCACAAAAGAGGACGGCGAUCUUUGUUUGGGCACAGGCGGAAGCAGUUGAAGGACGGUCCACUCAUUAAGUACCCCAAAGUUGCUCGCCAUCGCACUAAACGUGUUUUUUACGCCUACGUAGCAGAGCCCAUUCCAGGCACAGAGACCCCUGAUGGGCAGCUACAUGGUCCGAGUACUACUCCAUCACAUGGUGAGACAAGCUUAUUUCCUGAACAAGUCCAGCCAAGCUCAAACAACUCCUUUACCACGGUAACGAGCGGACGAUCCUCACGCGUUAUAAAAGCUCCAAAGAGGUUCUUGGACGAAGAAAUGAUUCCAUUUCCAAAAGGUUCUCUGUCAACAUACCUGAAGAGUCAAAAGAAAGAGGACGGAAAACCAAGUCCAUCAUGUCAGGAGUCAACCUAUGACGACAGCUCGCUGCUGUCGGACAGUGACUCUGAGUCUGAGUCUGAGUCUGAGGUUGAGAGUCCGUCUGCUGUGACAAAGUUCCCAUUAAAGCCAAGCCCAGGCACAAGCCACCUCGAGAUCUACAAGAACCUCAAGAAACUCACCUUGAAACUUGCUGAGAAAAAGAAAAGCCAGCCAAUCCCUCAGGGAGAUGACACACAACCUGCAGAGGGUUCGACCUCUAAUGUCAAGAAGAGGCGGAGGUCCAAGGUCAUGGUGGAGGAGAUGGACUCUCCCGGUGUUGUGAGGAGACUCGCCAUCGUGGUGAACAAGGACGUGCAAGCAUCUUCACAUAUGCCAUUGGGAGACAAAGGCAACAACAGCUGUGAAGCAAGAAGUGAAACCGGGGACAGUCAUGAAGUGUUGGAAGUUAGCGGACUCAGCCAUCGGAUCGGUCUUAGUGGAGCUAAUAAGACGAUGCUCCACCUGCUGAAGAAAGCAAAAGUCCAACUCUUCAAGAUUGAUCAGCAGAAGCAGCUGAAGUUGUCGCAGUUUGGCUCCAAAGAAACACUGGUACCAGUGAGUGGAAGAAGGAGGAGGAGGAGACGAGUUGGCAUAUCACCCAAAGAUGAUAGUCCACAGGAGCAGCCACUAGGCGGUCCUAGGAUCAAACAUGUCUGUCGUGCAGCAGCUGUGGCUUUGGGGCAGCCCCGUGCAAUGGUGCCUGAUGAUAUUCCCAGACUUAGUGCCCUGCCACUGCACGAGAGGGAGGGCAUCACCUUUUCUCCUGCAACAGAAGAUGUGGCCGAUGAUGACGAUGACAUCGCUGAUCAGGGCAGAGCUCAGUGGGUUGUCUCUCAGGAGAGCAUCCGGAGGAGGGGGCGAGGAAGGGGAAAGGGAGUCGGCCACAAGUUCAAGAAAAGGAAGAUCCUAAAUCAGUUUAUUCCCGGAGGACUCCGCUCCCGACGCUGUGGUAUCUGCGAAGGCUGCUUGGUAGAGGAGGACUGCGCCGAAUGUGUCAACUGCCUCGACAAACCCAAGUUCGGGGGGCCAAACACCAAGAGACAGUGUUGCAUAUACAAAAAGUGUGCCCGGAUUGAGAAAGCAAAGAUGGAGCGCUUCAUCAAACCACUGAAACUCAAGGCGAGGCGAACGUCAGGCUCUGAUUCCAGCAGUGAGAAUGCAAACUGGAUCUCUGGAGGAGCGGGAGAGGGAUCGUCUUCAGUGGCUCCUGGGGUCAGAAAACACUCCCUGCGUAACAUCAAACCCCGCUCAUACAGCAACCUGCUGAAGUCUGAAUCUGAAGAAGAAGAGGAGGAAGAGGAAAAGCAGGCAAAGGCAGAAAAACCCACUGUCAAGUCAGAUGUUACUGCCGCUAGCAACAAAGAUUUCGGAUCACUGCCUGACAACCUUCUACCUGAGGCCGUGAAGCAUCGCAGGCCUUUCCCCAGAGGGGCCGUCGGCAGACCCAGAGCUAUCAAGGAACAGGAGAACAUGGAAGAGAUGGAGCCCAGAGACACUUUCCCAGACUCCGACCUGUCCAGGAGCCCAAUGCCGAAGCUGCAGCGGCAGCUACGAAUACAUUUACACCGUCUGCCUGAUUCUGUGCUGCAGUGUUUGGAUCAGUGUGCUUCAAAGUCCCAUCCAAUAUUGUCCCAGCUUUUAACACAAUAUGCUGUUUCAAAUUCAUCACAUCCCGCAACAGAACUGUCCCCCCCUGUCCUGCAUCCCGCUUCUCCACUUUCACCAACAGACUCUGCUCAGACAUUUCUGCUGUUACGUUUGCACCGUUUGCCGGAGUGUGUGAAGCAGUCAACUUUUGAUUUGCACAAAUCUAAAUCCUCAUCAUCACAACAGCUCCAGUCUGCACAGCACACAUCUCUGACAGAGUCAACGAUGUGUUUGAAGGGCGAUCCAGAGGUGCAGAACCCAGAUGACGCUAACAUAGAUAACAUGGUGUACAAUGGUGUGAAUGUUCUGUCUCACAUUGCAAAUCCACACUCAGAGUUACAGGAGGGCAGGCAAGAGGACCAGGAUGCAGAAGAGGAUCGGCCCGAAGAGGAGGAUGAAGAAUCUAUAAACGAGACAGUGCUGCAAACAUCUCACACACACUAUGUCCUUCGUUCUCAGAAUCCUGCAGAAUGUGCAGCGACUACCCCGACAGGGGUAACUAACGGAUUUCCCCAAAAGGGCCUGUCGCAGAACAAGUACAAGAUCCGUGUUGACUUCAAGGAGGACUGUGCUGUGCAAAAUGUUUGGCUGAUGGGCGGGCUCAGCGUCCUCACAUCUGUCCCAACCACACCCCAACCUGUCUGUCUGCUCUGUGCCAGUAAAGGACGAUAUGAGAUGAUAUUCUGCCAGAUCUGCUGUGAGCCUUUCCACAGUUUCUGCCUCUCACCUGAGGAGCGCCCUAUCAAGGAGAACAAGGAGAACUGGUGCUGCAGGCGCUGCAAAUUUUGUCACGUGUGCGGCCGUCGAAGCAAGAACACAAAGCCGGUGUUGCAGUGCAGAAGAUGCCAAACCUCAUACCAUCCUUCCUGCCUGGGACCAACUUACCCUAAGCCUAUGAACUGCAGCAUACCUUGGGUGUGCAUGACAUGUAUUCGGUGUAAAAGCUGUGGUGUGACUCCUGGGAAAUCCUGGGACUUGGCCUGGAACCACGAGCAGGACCUUUGCCCUGACUGCACUCUUCUCCACAAUAAAGGAAAUUUCUGCACAGUCUGCCACAAGUGCUACAGUGACAACAGCAAACACUCACAGAUGAUACAGUGUUUCCAGUGCAGCCACUGGAUUCAUUACUCAUGUGAAGGACUUUCAGAUGAGCUGUUUGGUUUGAUGUCAAACCAGGCAGGAGAAGUUCCUUUCACGUGUUCGCCCUGCAGCCAAACUAAAACCAGCAGCUUGAAAGGGGAGCUGCAGUGCAGGCUGAUAGAUGGACUGCAGGAGGUGCUCACUGACCUCCUCUCCAACAAUGCCACACAGCACCUUCUUAUCUGCAAAGCAUGUCAGGAAACAAACAAAGAGGACGUCAGGGAAUUGCAGCCAGUCUGUGAUCUACAAGCUAUAGAGAGGAGGUUUGAAAGGGGAAGAUACUCCUCAAUAAAAGCUUUCCAUGCAGACAUUGCCACUGUGAUGAGGAGGUGGCUGAAGGAGGAGGAGCCUCAUCCUGAGGAUCAGAGGCUGAGCAGCCAGGCCAAGGCACACUAUGUCAAACUGGUAGAGCGAGUUUUUGGCUGGUUUUCUUCACACCAACUGAAAAAGUGGAACUCAAUCUCGGAGGAAUUCCCAAGCGGCAUGCUGCCUGAGGCUGUCCUCCCACCUUCCAAGGAGCACAGCUAUGCACAGUGGCUGGAAAGGACAUACCAGCCCAGGGAGUUCAGAGGCCAACAGACGGGGAACAUUCUCCUGUCCUCACGCACUGCUCAGCAGUCUGGUGUAUCGCACAGCCUCACUCAGUUUAAACAUGGUGCAAUAAGUGAUCUGGAAACUUCCAAGACUGAAGAUAUGAGGCAGUGUUCCCUGUGCCAACAAUAUGGAGACGCUGCUCCUUGUGAUGCAGGGCGGCUUCUGUACUUGGGACAGAACGAGUGGGCCCACGUGAACUGCUGCAUUUGGUCUGCAGAGGUCUAUGAGGACAACAGUGCUCUUUUGCAAGUGCACAGUGCUGUCUCAAGAGGGCGCCACUUGCGUUGUGACCGUUGUGGGCAGUCGGGGGCCACUGUGGGCUGCUGUCUUGCCACUUGUCAGAGUAAUUUCCACUUCAUGUGUGCUCGCGCGCAGAACUGUGCAUUUCAACAGGACAGGAAGAUUUACUGUUUCAAACACAGAGAUCUCCUCAGUUCAAAGAGGGUGUCUGGAAAAGGAUUUGAGGUCACUCGGCGGGUGUAUGUAGACUUUGAUGGUAUCAAUCUCAAAAGAAAGUUUCUCACAGGCCUGCAGCCAGAAUCCAUAAACAUGACCAUAGGAUCUCUACAGAUUCAGAAACUUGGUGUGUUGACAGAGCUGUCGUCUAAUGGGAGGAUGCUGUAUCCUGUCGGCUAUCAAUGUUCUCGGUUGUACUGGAGCACUUUAGACCCUCGCAGACGUUGCAAAUACACUUGUAAAGUUACUGAAGUUAGUACGCCACUCCCUGGGGAGGAACCAGAUCCCAAGUGGGACAAAGAAGAGAAUCACACCAUAGUCCACAGUCCCAACCACUACAGAGAUGUAGAAUCCCCAGAUCAUUUAAGUUCCUCAUCCAGCCCAAUAAAAUCCACUGCCACAUCACCCAACUCUAAACAGCACAAUACACCUGGAUCGAAAAGUCCUGGCUACACACAAACUAGGAGACCAGCAGGAGGGUCAUCUAGACCUCUUCCAUCUCCAGGGUCCGCUCUUCCGAAAUCUCAUCACAUUUUGACAUUAAGGGACCUGGAGGACACCCGUCGGCCGCGAAGGCUGUCAACAAGAAGCCGCUGUAGUUCCUCACAAUCAGACGGCGACCCGUCUGUGCCAAUAACCCUCCGUUCUGGUGGCAGUGUCCACUCCAGGUGUGCUCUCUUCAGCUCCCCUCCUAGAUCAACAAACUUGGGAUCGGCCUCACCUCCUCUCUCAAGACAAAACUCCACAUCACCUGUCUGGAGCUCCCCACCUCGAUCCAACGCUGGCAUUUCUGUGGGGCUUUCACCCCGCCAAGGAACCCUCACUCAUUCCCCCAAAGGGAGGCAGAACUUUAAAAUCACAACUCCAGUUUCUGCAGAGGUUCCCCAGGACUUUCUAGCAUCAUCUGAGGCAGAAGAUGCAGCAGUGGCUACAACCAAUGGGAUCUCCCUGGCCCCGGAUAACCUGGAAGAGGAAGUAGCUCAUCUCAUGGCGCAGGAGCUCCCUUACACUGUGUUUGACACGGACACAGAGGUUGCGGUGGCCUCCAUGCUUAAUGCUAAGCUUGACUUUGACGAGGCUCUCCUAAAUGAGAACAUCACGCUGGGAGGGGCUGGGAGGGAAGAACUUGAAGGUGUAGUGCCGGAAGGUAAUCAGGAAAAUGAAGAAUCAUGCCAUUACCUCAGGUUUUCCCGCACAGUCGUGUGUGACGCUGCUAGCAGCUCAGACGCCUCAGGUCAGCUCCCGCCGUCUCAAUCAAUCUCACAGUUAGAUGGGGCGGACGGAGGGUCGGACAGCGAUGAAAUUGGGGCGACCGACGAUGAAGCUCAGGACGAGGGAGAAGAAGGAGAGAUUAGGAUUGAUAACAAUCAUAAUACUCCGACUAAACAGCUGACUGUUGCUCUGAAGAGGCUGGACUCGAUCUACACAGUGUCAAAGUCAACAGAUGAAGGACCUGCUGAGCCAGACUUUGAUGCAAAUUCUCUUCCAGUUGAUUUUCUCCAAUCGGACUUUUCCAAUGACGACAUGUCGGUGCAGGAGGAAGAGGUCCUGAUGAGCUCUGAAAGGCUAACCUCUCAAAACGAAGUGGUUUUGGAUUCAGCUACAGGCCAUUUUGUUUCUACUGAAAAUGGUGCUUUGCUCUACCCACACAACAAUGAGUUUGAAGAUAAAGACGAGAAUAGCUCAUCAAACGAAUCGGUCGAAGGAUUUAAAGAUGAUUUAACUGAUCCCGAUUACUCUCCAGAACCAAAAACCAAAAGGUCUCCACCGGUGCUGUUGAAAUCCAUUUAUGUGAAGACAAAACAUCCACCAACAAACCUCAAACGGACAGCGCCAAAAGUGUGUCUUCCAAUGCACACGUCGGUCUCUCCUUCUGCUGCCAACUAUUGUGCAGUUCCACGCACGGUCACAUCCCCCAUUGUGAUCAAUGGUUUAAACGCUCUACCAAUUCAGCCCGGUGCCACACGGGGAAGAACAGUUGCCAUCCGCUUGGACAGUUCAAGACCAGGAGGGCAGCCACAAAUGGUGAUUCAGAAUCAGGCUGCAGCCACCAGCACCUCCCCGUCCAUUGCACCUGCUCCAGCACCUCAGAUCCUCCUGGUCAACCGUCAAGGUCAGAUUCUGAUCAAAGACCAGAGAACAAACACCUAUCAGUCACUUAGUUCAAAUUCUCCUGCCUACAGUAAAAUAAGCCAGAUUGCCAAGAUUCUCCACAGCGGCAAUACUUUGCAGCGCUCGGUUCCACGUGUCAUCAUAAAGCCGCGUGCCAGCCCCUCAGUCACAAACAUCCCUCCUGCCGAUAACAACACAACAACAACAACAACGACGACUCAGAAGAAAAUCAUCUUUAGAGUAGUACCAGUGAAAAGCAGCGUGACUCAAGCUCCCUCAACUCCUGGCAGUGUGCAGUGCGUUCCUGAAGCGGUUUCAUGCAACAUCGAGGAAAGCACGGCUCAGGCUAUAAUCGACAGAGCCAUGGCGACACACCGCGAAGAACCACAGCCAGAACCACAGCCAAAACCAAAACCGAACAUCCUCAAAAACACUAGACGACCCAACGCCAGUCAUCAGAGACCAUCCCAGUUUCAGGACACAGAGGAGUCGAAUUGUCCACCAGCUGCUCGUUCAGACUCCCCCAGCGUUUGCCUUAAUGAGACAUAUUUGAACCAGCGACUGACGCCGGCUCCACCGCGCCAGGUGAGGGUGAAGAGAGUCUCAUCAGUGACCGAAAAGCCCACCAGAAAGAAAUCCAAGAUUAAUAUCUUAAAAGAUCCAAAUGUUGACCUUGAGGAAAUUGAUGAACCCAGCAGACCGGGUGGUGUGAGAAUGAAAGCUCCAUCAAUGAAGGAGGUGAUUGAUAUGGACAUGAGGAGUAUGCCUGAACAGCCUGAGCCGUUGAGGAUUACUGCUCCUUCUGCACUCUCCAGGCAACCCCGACAUGAAAGUCCACCUUCACAAACCGACAGUCACAUUAAGAGUAACACACACAUGUGGGCUCGUCAUGGAGACCUCUCUGAAUGGGGCCCUUAUUCAGGUUUUAGCUCUGAGGAAGAUGCACCAACACCCAAAUAUAAGAAGACAACGUACAUGAACCAGCCUCACCUGCGCUUUGAAAUCACCAGUGAGGACGGCUUCAGUGUGAAGGCUAACAGCAUAGAGGGUGCAUGGCGCGCUGUGAUCGAUGGCGUCCUGGAAGCUCGAGCGGGCUUUCACAUGAAGCAGCUUCCUCUGGGCGUGAUGAGCGGACCCCGGGUGCUCGGUGUCAUCCACGAUGCUGUUAUCUUCCUGCUGGAGCAACUGCACGGCGCAGCAAACUGCAAACGCCACCGCUUCCGCUUCCACCGCUGCGAUGACAUCGAGGAGGAGCUUCCCAUCAAUCCGAGUGGCUGCGCUCGCUCUGAAGUCUACACACGGAAAGCAACCUUUGAUAUGUUCAACUUCCUGGCAUCACAGCACAGACAGCCUCCAGACAUAGUAGGUCAAUUUGAUGAAGAGGAGGAUGAAUUCCCACUCAAAUCUUCCAGGCGAGCCACCAGCAGUGAGCUUCCCAUGGCAAUGAGAUUCAGACACCUGGAAAAAAUCUCCAAAGAAGCAGUUGGAGUUUACAGAUCUGAAAUCCAUGGUCGUGGACUUUUCUGCAAAAGGAACAUAGAGGCUGGGGAGAUGGUUAUCGAGUACGCAGGCACCGUCAUUCGCGCCGUUCUGACUGAUAAGCGGGAGAAGUAUUAUGAUGGCAAGGGCAUCGGCUGCUACAUGUUCCGCAUCGACGACUUUGACGUGGUGGACGCAACAAUGCAAGGCAACGCAGCUCGUUUCAUCAACCACUCGUGCGAGCCCAACUGCUACUCCCGUGUCAUCAACGUCGACGGCCGCAAGCACAUCGUCAUCUUCGCUCUGAGAAAGAUCUACCGGGGCGAAGAGCUGACCUACGACUACAAGUUCCCCAUCGAGGACGAGAAUAGCAAGCUGCACUGCAACUGCGGGACGAGACGCUGCCGUCGCUUCCUGAAUUAGUACCAGACACACAAACACGCCAUGUACAAAAUAGCCAUCGUGUUAAAAUGCACUAGAAUUCAGCAGGUGGAAUGUGACGACCUUUUGAUGAAGCUGAUUGUUGUGAAGUAGCCAUAACAGUGAGGGUUCCCCGACGCGCACACACACCUGAUCUAAGGCGUUUUCACUUUGUUAAAGCUUAAUUUAUUGAAUGAUUAGGGACAGUGUGUGUUUAAUCUGUGAAACUAAACUGUGUCACACAAACAAGACCAGAGCCAUGAGACACAGCGUGGGGCGGUUAAUAUUUAUUUGAUUUGAUACUUUCGGUCUGUUAGGACGUGCAGUAUGAACAAACAACUGCUCGAAUAUUUAGAUGUCAGAGCUGUUGUACCUCCUUACAUUACACAUCCUUUCUGUUUUACAACGUUAGCCUCUGCUGGAACUUGGUCUCAGUGAAAGCCAGGGGGCAGUAUAACCAGCUACAAACAGUGCAAACUAAAAAUAGAAUAUUAAGGGAUUUCUGUUAUUUGAGGUGACGGAGUGUCUCUGUAAACACAAAGUCACAGAGAGGGUUAGGGAGAACUUAUUCAGCACCUUACUUUGACUCGACCUCCUGGCAGCGUUUGUAUUGCAGCAGGCAGGAGACUUUUUUUUUUACUUCAAAGCAAACAAACGAAACACAUUUAACUCCUCGUGUACAUUGUAGCGCAGCUGUAUUUUAACUUCACUCUUGGAUACAACUUGUGAGCAGGGAAUUUAAUAUUUCGGGUGCUGGUGACAUUUAUCCCAAACCGUAGUUUUAACGUAGUCCCCCAAACUGUUUGGCCCCCUCAUUCAUUCUGUUUUAUUUGUGACGGCAUAUUUUCUGUGAUGUUUUUAUCUUGACUGUCUUGAUUGGUUUCUUUGUACUGUUUGUUUAUUGUAAGAUCUAUGAGGGAGAUUUUCCUUGAUGCAGGGUUCAAAUUUAAUAUACUGACCUUGCUCGGCACAGUCCCCUAUAAAUCUUUUUUGUAUUUUUGUAUAUUUGAACAAUAAAUGUAUAUUCAACAAGCUAACUGAAACACACGUGUUUGACCUUUUAACUUUUAUUUGUAAGUGAAGGCAGGCUUAUUGAACCGAAGCUGUUGCAGAGUUAUGAGCCUUCUUAUUUUGCACCCUCUUCCUCGUGUUUUUUUUUUUGUCCACCACAGGUGUACUACCUCAAAAGUGUUAUGAAGCGAAUAUUUAAUUUAAUUACAUGACACAAUUGGUAAAACACUGCUUUCUAGUUUCCUCCUUGUCCAGUCUUUGUAAUCAUUAUAUUUUACACAAAACAAAUCAAAAACUGUUGAACACUGACUUGAUAUUAUGCCUGCAGGCAUUUUUGUAAGAAUACCUGGCCACCAUGUUUUUGUGCUCGUUUCUCCUGUUUGAAACCACACCUAGCGGAUGGAUGUAGAUAGAGUCCUAGAGUUUAGCUUCAAGGCUGGAUGCUUAGGAAGUUUGUUUUCUGUUUUUGGAACAAUAAUAGAAGUUCUCAUAAAGUUUGUGACUGAAUUGGCUCACAUUUGAUCCUUGCCUGUACAUAUUUGUAUAAAGAAUUUCUAAACCUGUUAAAUAUUUUUGUACCUACAUUUUUUUUUUAAUUUAUGUUCAAUAAAAAUUUGAAAUGUUUAA